AUGGAAGGGCAACAGUUUUGUUUGAGAUGGCAUAAUUUUCAGAAUACGUUACUUAGUACAUUGCCUAAAUUAUUGGAUGGUGGUUACUUGACAGAUGUUACACUAAGUGCUGGUGGUAGGCAUAUACGUGCUCAUAGAAUUAUUUUAUCUGCUUGCAGUUAUUACUUCAAAGAAUUGUUUAAGGAUUUAAGUACUCUGCAACAUCCUGUAAUAGUAUUACCAGGUAUGGAGUACUCAAAUUUAUGUGCAUUAGUAACAUUUAUGUAUAACGGCGAAGUAAAUAUUUAUCAAGAACAAUUACCAGCACUUUUAGCAAUGGCAGAUACAUUGCAUAUACGAGGACUCGCAGACAUUGCCGGGAAAAAUUCACACCACGACAACGGAUUAUUUAUCCACCCCACGAUACCAAAUGACGAUCCAGAAGUACCAAAUGAAACGACAAUAAAAGAAGAAAAACUAGAAUCAUCAAAUUCAACCUUAGGAUCAUCAAUUACGUCAACUUUAAAUACCUCAAAUACCUCUACAAAAUCAACUAAAAGCGAUAUACUCGAUUCAGUAUCACAGUUGCUGCCUAACCAGCUCGCAGAUGAUGAUUUACUUAACGAUAAUCCCCCCGACGUACCUUGUAGCGUUAAAACGAAGCCUUACUACUCAAUAAAUGCAAAACUAGCUCAACGCGAACGGAAACAACAACAGCUCACUAAUUACCAAAACGGGCCACAUGCUAAGGACAUAAGUAACUACAAUAACGACGACGCUGUUAAUGACGAUCAAAAUAUUACGAUAGAUGAUAUAAAGAACAAUGUUAUAAGCGACUCAAAUCUACGAUUUCUGACGACAAGCACUGCUUCAGCCGCUGCGGUUGCGGCUGUUGCUUCGGGAAGAACUAAUCAAAAUUGCAACAAAACUAGUGUUACUUGUCUGAUUUGCGGCAAACAACUGAGCAAUCAGUACAACUUGCGCGUUCACAUGGAAACACACAGCAAUAGUUCUUACAGUUGUACUGCUUGUUCCCACGUAUCAAGAUCCAGAGACGCGUUGAGGAAACACGUGUCUUACAGACAUCCAGUGGCAACUCCGCAGAAACGUCCGCGAUAUAGUCUCAAUAAACCUGAAAAUUUUGUGUGA